AUGCGUUUUCUUUGCCUGCAUGGCAUGGGAACGAACUGCCAGAUAAUGGAGUCCCAAAUCGCCACAAUUCGAUAUGAACUAGAUAACACUCACACCUAUGACUUCGUUGAAGGGACGCUGCCAGCGUCUCUAGCUCCAGAGCUUCAUCAGUUCUUCCCCAUUGAUGGCUCCUAUUUCGAAUAUUUUGACUUCUAUUCUGGGGAUACUAUUCAUAAAGCUCUGAACAAUUUGGGUAGCUUCCUCGAGCUUGAAGGUCCCUACGAUGGAGUCAUCGCAUUUUCACAAGGUGCCACUCUCGUGGCCACGUAUUUGAUGCGACAGGCACUGAAAAGUCCGCAGAAGCCACUGCCAUUUCAGUGUGCAGUCUUCUUUUGUGGGGGCAUGCCAUUUGACCCAAAAGCACUUGAGUGUGGAGAGAUUAAACAGUUGAGUAAGGAAGAUGGUGAUAAAUUAUUGCCAGGCUUCCCAACGGCGCAUAUAUGGGGACGGAACGACAACGUAUGGCCAGGAACAAGCGAGGUGCUGCAUGCAUUGUGUGACCCAAAAGUGAGCACAAUGUUUCUACAUGAUGAAGGGCAUUCUAUUCCCGGUGGGCGGGCCAAGUAUGCUGUGUUCGGGGCUGUGAAGGCCAUUCGAAGGACAUUAGAUAGGGUUAGUUUGGUUUCAUAG